CGUUUUUUUUCGAGACUCGAUUGUCGUCGUCUUGGUAUCCCACAGGCUGCUGAACUUUGUAGAUUUCCGCUAGGUAGUUUUGCGAGCUUGAUUUAACUUAGCGUUUCGCGCUAGCGAGCGAGAUUUUCAGGCUACUCGAAGUUAGGAGCUGCUGUUGGCAGUACUCCUGAUGGGAGAGCCUGACUGACGAGAUUACUGAAGCAGGGAAUCGAUUUUUGAAACAUGGGCCUUUUGUUCGAGCCUGAAUUGUCUUCUUGGUUUUCUCCACGCUGACCUUUGUAGAUUCCCGCUAGAAUCGUUUCGCGAGCUUGAACCAAAUUUGCGUUUCGCACAAGCAAAACAUUCUGCCUACUCGAAGCUGCUUGUGUGUGUAUUGUCGUUCAGCGAACAAAACACGUCGUUUUAUUUCGCGAUGCUGGCGAAAGGAGUGCAAUGCGAGAGGACGGAUAGAGUUUGGGAGGAGGAUCUGGGGAUGGAGGACCGAAAGACAGAGGAGGGCGACGAGGUUUUAGCAGAAGAGGAAGAGAAGGGAGAGCUGGGAGAGGGCGGAGAAGGGGGGGAGGAAGAGAAUAGAGGGGCGGAGGAGGUGUUCUCCAUGCGUUUGGUGUGCAUCGAUCACUACAUGGGCGCUCCGAUGCCUGGGUUAGAUCAUUCGUUCUCGUCCUUUCAAGGGCGAGCGGUGGAUAAGGUGCCAGUUGUGCGCAUAUUUGGAGCAACCGCCAUGGGGCAGCGGACCUGCCUGCACUUGCAUGGGGCCCUCCCCUACUUUUACGUGCCGUAUGAUGAUGACCUGCCACAGGAUAUGGCUAAAGCUCGAGUCUUCAUGCAUCAACUUGCUUCGGCACUUGAGUACGCGCUCAAGGUUGCCACCCCCUAUGCGCGCAAGCGCCAGCACGUGCAUGCUUGCUCUCUGGUGCGAGCUCUGCCCUUCUACGGCUAUCACCCAUACGAAUGUCUCUUCAUCAAGCUGGAAUUGUUCUAUCCGGAUGAAGUAACACGUGCUGCGUUUAUUCUUCAGUCAGGAGCAGUGAUGGGGCGGGUGUUCCAGCCAUACGAGUCCCACAUCCCAUACCUCCUGCAAAUAAAGAUCGACUACAAUCUCGUGGGCAUGGGCCUCAUCCGCCUCUCUCGAGUCCUCUUCAGACCGCCACUUCCCACCCAUCCGCCUCAUGCCCGUUCUGCUGCUCCUGCCGCCGCCGCCGCUGCUGGCAGUGCUUAUGGGGGCUCCAGGAAAAUAAGGGGAGUGUACUUUGCUGGGCACGUGCCCCAAGGGUGCUUGUGGGCAGCUGGAGGGACGAACGAAGGAUGCGCGUUUGAGGCAAGCCGAAGCUUAGGGAGGAAGAGGAGGAUUUGCCGUGAGGAGGCGCUAUCAGAAGGGCUGUGUGUGCAGAGUGGUGGGAUCAGGCGACAGAGUUUGUGCGAGCUGGAGGCUGAUGGGUGCGUGGCAGAUAUACUGAACGUGAAUGACCUUCUGCGAGUGCCUCUCAGCGAGGCUGGCGAUGACAUUCAAAUGGUGCCCUCACUUGCACCCAUCUGGGAGGAUGAGCGGCGGCGGACAGCAUCUGAAGCAGCAAGCAGAGCUAAGGGCAGCAGCAGCAGCUGCAACAUGCGAGGCAAGGGAAAGAAGCGCAGUAGUUUGGAGACACCUGGGCCUUCAUCACGUGCUGAAGGGAAACCAGCAGCAGAAGCAGCAGCAGAAGCAGCAGCAGAAGCAGGGGCUACACCCCCGGCUGCGGCCACUCCUGCCACUCAACGAACAGAGCCUCCUCUGAGUGUGCUGAAUAAGGCGCUGAGAAGAGCCGUCUACCUGCUGGCAGAGGAGGAAGAGGCCGUGUUGAGGGAGAGGAAGGAGGGGAGACAAAGGGGAGUCAUGGCAAACAGUCAUGAAGGUGGGAUGGACGCACAGCAAGACAGGAGCCGGGCCACUCGGCGUCUGUUCAUGUUGCAGGAGGACUGGGAGAGGCUGUGCCCCUCCCAGCAAGUCGAACAGGGAGAGGGGGGAGAUGAGAGGGAAGCAGAGAGGACAGCGGCGGAAGGAGAUUCCAGGGAAGAGGUAAUGGGAGAGGCACGAGAGGGGAGGAGAGAGGAGUCAGAGAAGGGGAGGACAGAGGGGGUGGAAAAUGGCGAUCGAGCCGCAGAGGACGCUGAGGAGGAUCCGCGUACCAUUGAGAGAAGGGGGGUUUUAUCCCCAGAGGAGCAACGUAACCACCCAUCUGAGUCACCUUUGGUUGCUGAAAGCUCCGCAGGGUCACCCUGGGUUGGGGAGAGCCCUCUGUUGUCGUGCUCCCAGCCUGCGAACUGCCUCUCCCCAGCACCGGCGGCAGCUGGUUCCAGUGGUGUUACUCCUACGGCAGGCUCCAGAGGUUUAACUGCAGGGGGUGACACUCGUGCAUGCACAGACGCUGGUGACAGAUGGGUGGAGAGCGGUGAUGGGAUGGGGAGUGUGAGAAAGCGGCAGAGGAGAGUGACGUUCCAAGGUGGUGCAGCUGAGGCAGGGGAGGACGGGGCAGGAUCAGAAGAGGGAUGGCAUGCCGAUGGUGGGAGGGGUGAUAAAGAUGGUGGUGGUCCAGAUGGUGGUGCAAAUGGUUUUGUUAAGGGCGAUGGUGACGAUGCUGCCGUGCCACUGGUGGAUGCAGCGGCGGUGUUCACUCAACUAUCACAACAGCAGAUGCAGCAGGAGGACGAGGAGGAGGCGCUGGAUCUCCUGAGAUGGGUCUCCAGCACGCAGCGUGACAACAGCGAAGGUGACAGUGCGAGUGAUGACGAGCGGCUGCUGCUGGGAGGGGAGGCAGCAGACUUGCCAGGGGGGAGUGCAGGAAGGGUAACUCAGGGAACAGCGGAGCAGGGUGCUCUGGAUGAACGGGGUCAAGAAAGUCAAGGGGAUCAUGGGCGCACGGGUCCAAUGACGUUUGGGUCUCCGGGGUUAUUGCUCGGAUCGCAGGGAAUGGUGAUGGCGUCACCGGGACGAAUGGUGGGAUCACAAGGGGUAACGUUGGGCUCCCAAGGGGAGAGGAGGCGCGCAGCAGUGGAGCAGGCGUGGGAGGCAUAUGAAGCAUCUGUUGCGGCAGAGUGUGAGGGGAUUCUGGCGAGAGGGGAGAUAGUGGCAGGAGGAAGGGGAGGCAAAGAGAAGAAAGGAGUGGGAAGAGGGGAGAGUUCAGGAGGAGAGAAGAAGAGCAAGGAAGGAGAGGGGGCGGAGGAAGAGCCGGGACUGGCGUGGAUUGAUGAGUUUUUGGGCGGCGAUCUGAUGACGUGGCAGAUGAACCAGACGGAUGGUGCCGGGGACAGCAGUGAGGAUGACAAUAGCGAGGAUGAUGAUAAUGGAGAUAGAGAUGGUGAUGGUGAUGGUGGUGGAGAUGUUGAUGAAAAUGGGGAGGGUGACAGGGGAAUGGAACAAGGCCGAGCAGAGAAAGAAGUGGGAGUUUGUGAAAGGAGGCGUGGUUCAGUUGACCAUGUUGCACCGAUCAACCACAGGCGCCACAAGCAGCAGAGGCUGCAAGGCCCUCAUCAGCUGAGCUCUGGCGCCGGGCAUGGGGUUGGCCUCGGGCCUGGGGGUGGACUGACACUCACUAGUGGUUCAGGCCUGGAGAGGGCCGAAAGACAUGUUUCUAACCAGAAAGGUGCCAAGGCACUGGGCUGCGGUGAAGGAUCAAUGACAGGGAGUGCGGGUGGAGGAAGGGGCUGUGAAAGAGAAACGUUACUUAAGGGCAGCAGCAGCAGGACGGGCAGCAGGGCCGGGCGCAGCAGCAGUGUGAGCAGCAGCAGGAGGGAUGGCUGUAGUGGCAAGAGUAGAGAGGGCGAAAGCAGUAGCAUUGGAAAUGGCAUCAGAGAAGGCAGCAGCGGGGAAAGCAGAGAGCGCAGCAGAGAGGGCAGAGGAGACAGCAGCAGUGAGGGGUCGGAGGAGUGGCUGCCUGCCAAGGGCCAAGGCAUGAUGAGCCAAGAGAAGGGCGAAGGAACGCGGACGAGUUGUGAGAAUCGCGAUAGGAUGAGUCAAGAAGGACGUGUCUCUGAGCCAGCCGAACGAGAGGUGUUGGCAUCUGCAGCACCUGAACCUUUACCUGAUGAUGCUUCGGGGCAGGGUGAAUUUCACGAUUCAGCUUCAGCACGAGGCAUCACCAACAGGGUUGAAGAAGUAGGGGCUUCUGAUGCUCCUGUAGCACCUUCAGCAUACAUGGCACCUGCAGUUGAGAUGGCACCUGCAAUGGGGAAAGCACCUACAGCACAGAUAGCACCUGCAGCACAGAUAGCACCUGCAGUAGAGUUAGCACCUGCAGCAGAGAUGGCACCUGCAGCAGAGAUAGCACCUGCAGCAGAGAUAGCACCUGCAGCAGAGAUAGCACCUGCAGCAGAGAUAGCACCUGCAGCAGAGAUAGCACCUGCAGCAGAGAUAGCACCUGCAGCAGAGAAAGCACCUGCAGUAGAGAUAGCAUCUGCAGCAGAGAUGGCACCUGCAGCAGAGGUUGCACCCGCAGCAGAGAUAGCACCUGCAGCAGAGAUGGCACCUGCAGCAGAGAUGGCACCUGCAGCAGAGAUGGCACCUGCAGCAGAGAUGGCACCUGCAGCAGAGAUUUCACCUGCAACACAGAUAGCAUCUGCAGCAGCAGUAGAGGUAGAGCCUUCAGUGCUGUGCGGUUUGCAGCAGACACCACCUUCACCAAUUUCUGCCUCCCUCUCUCCUACCUCCCUCCCGUCCCGUGAGGUCCCAACUGUUUCUGCCUCUCCAUCUCCUCCGUCCCUUCCAUCCCGCACCAUCCCACCUGUGCUUAUAGCGAGACAAGCAUCCUGCCUCUCGUUACAGUCACAUCCUGCAGAGGAACAGCGUGAUCCACUGGUGUAUCACAGGGCGCCUCCCUCAUUGGCUGAGCUGAGGGACACGUGGCAGACCCAUGGCCUGCCACCUGUGCAGUGGCCUGACGUGUACUAUGGUGACGUCAGGGACGUGCCUGAGAGGCCUCCUGUUUUUGGCGGGAAGGAAUUCAAAAUCCUCUCAACCCAUGACGCCCAUCUCCCUCCCUUCCCCUUCGACCCCUCCGGCCCUCGCUCCCGCUCCACCUUCAACACCGCCCCACCCUUUCUCACUCUCGCCACACUCGCCCCCUCCUCAAGCUUUCCUUCUGGAUUCCUCAGCGCACCAGACAACUCCGCACCCAUCACCUCCCUCCGUUCCUUUGGUAGCGGUGGUGCUGGCGGUGGCAGCAGCAGUAGUACCUACUUCGCUGCCUCAUCUUCUAGAGUUCCUGUAACCGCUGCAUUAGCAGCUGCUGCUUCAAUGCGUUGGCCGGUACCAAGGCUGGCUCGGGAGGGGGAGCCCGUACCUGGUGUACCGGGCCGAGUCGACAGGCUCGGCCGGACCACGUAUCAGAUCGUGCCGGCUCAGCAGCCGCCUUCGCUGCGGCGGGUGGAGGUGUGGGCGAGAAGGGAGGGGCUGCUGAAGAGUAGAGAUAAGAGUGGAAGGGGUAAGCAUGUCGCUUACCUGAGUGGCGGAGGGAAGGCGGGGAGGAGAGCAAGUGUGGGAGCGGGCAAGGGAAGAGUGGAAAAGCCUGUGUUUGCUGGCGAUGGUGGUUUGAGUGUUGUAGCUGAUGCUGCUGGUGCGGGUGCUGAUGAUGCUGCGGAUGCUGCUACCAAUGCUGGUGGUGAUGGUGGUGGUGGUGGUGUGAGAGAGUCAGAUGAGCAGCAGCCGGACUUCGCUGUGGAUUCAAACACAGGGCAACUCCUGGUCCAGGGGGGAGACACUGUAAUUGGGAGCGGCACAGUGGUUGCGGGCAGGUCACAGCAGCAGGGAAGAGUACGGCUGAAGAAGGUGGGUUCUGGGGGCGGUAGCACUCAAGGGCAAGGGGGGAGAGGGAAGGGAAGGGCGGUAAGAGGCAGUGGGGAGAUGGAGGAGGGGGAGGAGGAGGGGGGAUGGGGGUGGGGGACGUGGAGUGAUGUGGGAAGGUGGAGGAGGGAGGUUGAGGAAAUGGCAGAGGAGGAGGCGGAAGGGGAGGACGAGGAGGGGGAAGGGAAACGAGGGGUGGGAAGUGAGAAGGACCGAGAUGCUGAUAGCGAGGAUGUUUCUAACGAGGAUAGAGGGGAUGGUUGUGAGGAAGAGGAAGAGGAAGAGGAGGAGGAGGUGGUGUUUGAGCGCCCAGCGUCGCCCAAGUGGACUGAGGGGCACGUGCUUACAACGCAGCUGCUGUCACCCCCCACACAGUCACGGGUCAGGUCAAACGCCUGGAGCGCAAGGAGAAGACGAAGCGUAGAUGCCUCCGGGCACAUAGAGAGGGCAAGGCUGCAGGGACUAGCGAGCAGUGGAGGUGAGGAGGCCAGGAUUGGGAGGGCUUGGCAAAGCGGGAGAAUUGGAACGGAAGCUGGAGGACGUUCUGCCAUGCAGGGGGGGGUCGCCGUGCAUGAUCACACCCCCGCUUCAUCACAAGGUACAUCAGCGCACCAGAGCAGUCCUCUCUCUCCCCCACUGCCUUCUGCACUGCCUGAAUGCCCGGGCGGCAGUCUGAUUUCACCUGCAGUAGCAAUGGUUGAUCGGCCUCGCUUUACCUCCAUGCCUUCUCCUCGCAUCCCUCCCUCGGGGGUGCAUCACCACAGCAGUCCUCUCUCUCCUCCCCUGGGUUCUGCUCUGCCCCAGUCCCAGUCCCAAGGCGGCAGUCCGAUUUCACCUGCCACGGCUGAUCGAUGCCGUUUACCCGCCAUGCCUCCUCCUCGCAUCCCUCCCUCGGGGGUGCAUCACCACAGCAGUCCUCUCUCUCCUCCCCUGGGUUCUGCUCUGCCCCAGUUCCAGCCCCAAGAUGGCAGUCCUAGUUCACCCACAGUAGCAACGGCUGAUCGGUCUCGCUGCACCUCCAUGCCUCCUCCUCGCAUCCCCCCCUCCGUUCUUCGAAUGACCAUUGGCACCACCACUGCUGCCGUUAAUGCUGCUGCCGUUCCUGCUGCUGCUGCUGCUGCAGCUGCUGUUUCUGCGGGGUCGCCUCUUCCUCCUCUGCCUUCUUCUCUCCCUAUUGCAGAGCCCGCGCCCACACCUGCUUCUGCUGCGCCCACCAGCCUUUCCCCCCCUCGCCCUUCUCCCACUCCCCUCCAGUCCCCCCCUCUCACACUCCCCACACAGAAUUUCCGCCCUCCCCGUUUCCCCUUCACCCUGCCUUCCUCCCCUUCCUCCACCUCUCCCCUCUCACCUGAAUCGCAUCAUCUCCAACUAACCACGACCCCAGGUGCAAUUUCAGGUGUAACUUCAGGUGUGAAUCACAGGCCGUUCGCUGUACCUGGGCCAUGGAAGGGCCAUGCUUUUGGCCAAUCAGGGGCUGCCAGGUGGCGAGACUUCUCGCAGCUCACCCCAGCGACUCAGGCAGCGCUGUCAGCCACUCCAGUCAGCCAAUCAGGAUUCAGAGAGAAAAUGGGUGGAGAGAAGAAGAUUGGAGAGAAAAAAAUUGACGGGGGAAGAGGGAGAGGUGAACGAGAGAACGGAGGGGGAGAAUCAGAAGGAGGGGGGUCUGGGAAAAUAGAAGAGGAGGAGACAUGGGCUGAGAGGCGGGGUGGGGAAGCGAGGGCAGGGGAAAUGCAGCAGGAGGAGAGGAGAGUGAAGGGUGCAGCAGCAAUGAAGGAUGGUGCCGCAAUGAAGGAUGGUGAAGCGGAUACAGGACGAGGCAAGGGCCAGAGUGAAAGAAAACCGUCGCCCUCCUCCUCCCCCUCCCCUUCCUCCCCCUCCUCGUCUUGCUGUGAGCACAUGGUGAGCAUGAGUGCAGAGGUGCUUGCGUGCACCCGUGGGGCUCUGCUGCCUGACCCUGCGCUGGACGCUCUCUGCUGUGUUGUGCUGGCCACGCGGGGGGAGGGGGAGGACGGAGGAGGGGACGGGGAGGAUGAGGAGGAGGUUAGGGAGAGUGAGGGAGGGGAGGGGAUGGAGGACGGGACGGGAGAAGAGGAGGAGAGGGAGGCAGCAGGGAGGGGUGUGGCAGGGAGAGAGGCAGGGAGUGGGAAGAGGCGGAUUGGGUUGAGGAGAGUUGGAGGGAAGAUUCGGGUGGAUGUGUUGAUCCUGGAAGAUUCUCCCGCUGACACCCACCGCAGGAACCCUGACGCCCUCUCGUCCUGCCGCAUCCACCUGCUGCCAUCAGAAGCAGCCCUCCUAGAGGAACUAGUAGCGGUAGUGAGGGAGUGCGACCCGGACAUACUGCUGGGGUGGGAGGUGCAGGGGGGCUCCUGGGGGUGGCUGGCGGAGAGGGCGCAACACCUGGGCUUUAACCUCCUCAAAUCGCUCUCCAGAGUGCCGCCUGUGCACGAUGCGACUGUGAUGAAGCCAGAUGUGCCACCUGUACAGGAUGUGUAUAUAACGAAGCCAAGAGUGCCACCUGUACAGGAUGUGACUGUACCGCAGGCAAGGGUGCAGCCCAGAUGCAACGCGCCUGAAGCACCUGUCUCAGCGCCUCCACCUCCACCUCGCCCCUUCAACAGACCUCAUCAGUUUGAGUCACGCCCGCCAGAGCCAUUCGCAGCACAGUCGCCCCCAUUAAAGUCACACCCGGCACAGUCACCGCAUGCAGCAGUUUCAUCUCAGAUGCUUGUUGACUCGCAGCACAUUCUGUCCCCCUCCCAAUCCCCCUUGUCCCCCUCCCAGUCUCUCCCGAUGGGCCCUUCUCAAUCGCCCUUUGCACCUACUCACACUACCACUCCUGACGCUGCUACUCCUGUUAAUAGCUUGAGCAUGUCAAAGCAGCACCAGCAGCAGCAGCAACAGCAGCAGCAGCAGCCAGGCUCCCCGUCCCCUGUUCCCUUCCCACCCCCCAUCCACUCCUCUCCCCCCCCCAUCCUCACCCCUCUGCUCUCCCCCUCCCAGUCCAUCCCCGUUCCUCAAGACAUGAGUGCCUGGCGCCAUGGGCUUGGGGGCUUCUCUCUCCCCCGUGCACAUGCGGAUAUGCUUGCACAGACAGAUGCACAAAUGCAUGCACAUGGGGAGACGCAUGUAGACAUGCAUGCAGAUGCAGGAGUGCAAACACAUGGGGAGACGCAUGUACAAGCACAUGCACAGGGGAAUAGAGGACGUAAGCCGCCAGGUGAUUCUACCAUGCUGGCUGAUGACCCCUCCACGUGGCCUCUCCUCAUCCCUGCCACGUCAGCAGCAGGGGCAGCUGUUGGAGCUGGAGGACGAUGGGGAGCAGGGGGGCCAGGGGGAGGGGGGGGAGGAGCGGGGGGAUGGGGAGGAGGGGGACGAGGGGGACGAGGGACAACUGGUAAGGGGGGGUUAGCAGCAGGAGGAGGUGAGAAGACAAGUGGUGCGAAUGGGCGGAUGGGAGAAGGACAGGGGUUUGUGGGACACCAAGGCUUGGGAGGAGAGCAGCGAGGGGGAGUUGGCGGAGGAGGGGGCGUGAGAGGAGACGGCGAGAGGGAGAGGUGGAGGAAGGGAGGGGGACGCGGGCGGGGGGACGACGACGCGAUAGUGGCGGAUGAGUGGGGGCGAACGCACGGCAGCGGCAUGCAUGUAUCUGGACGCAUUAUCUUGAAUCUAUGGCGGAUCAUGAGGGCCGAGGUGAAGCUCCCUGUGUACUCGUUCCAUGCUGUGGCGCUCGCUGUGCUGCGCCGCCACGUGCCCAAGUAUGAUUGGUCCACGUUGACUGGCUGGUGGAGGGCAGGGGAGGGGGGACAAGGAGUAGGGGGAGUGGGGGGAGGAGGGAGAGCAGCAGGAGAAUCAGCAACAGCAGAGGCAGCAGCAGCAGCAGCAGCAGCAGCAGCAGGUGUGGAGAGGGUGCGAGGAGGAGGAGGUGGGGUGGUGGGGAGGGUGCAGCGGUGGAGGUGCAUCGAGCAUUUUGUGGCGAGAGCUCGGCUGAAUCUGGAGAUGAUGAGACACCUGGACAUUGUCAACCGCACAGCGGAGCUGGCGCGGGUGUUUGGUAUCGACUUCUUCUCGGUGUUGUCGCGGGGCUCGCAGUACCGAGUCGAGUCCAUGAUGCUGCGACUCGCACACUCGCAGAACUACCUCCUCAUCUCGCCCUCGCGCAUGCAGGUGUCAAACCAGCCAGCCCCUGCGUGCAUCCCCCUCGUGAUGGAGCCCGAGUCCCGCUACUACACGAGCCCCGUGGUGGUGCUGGACUUCCAAUCGCUCUACCCUUCCAUGCUCAUAGCCUACAACCUCUGCUUUUCCACGUGCCUCGGCCGCAUCCCGCCGCCCUCCUCCUCGGCCGCUGCUGCUGCUGAUCCUGCUGCUGGUAGUGAAGCUGCUGCUGCUGGUGCUGGUGGCAGUGGUGCUGCUGCUGCUGCGGGUGCCACUGCUGCUGCUGAGACUGCUUCCGCUCCUGCUGCGGCUGCAGCGCCUCAGGAUGCCUCCCCUGGUGGUCCGGGUCAGAAGCAGUGGUGGGGGGAGGAGGAGAGGCCCCUGGGCGUGACGACUUAUCGUGUGCCGCCAGGUGUCGUGUCCUCAUUGAAGGACGAUCUGCUUCUGCUGCCCAACGCAGUGAUGUAUGUGCCGCCCAAGGUGCGACCAGGGGUGCUGCCCCGCCUGCUCAAGGAAAUCCUGGCUACCCGCGUGAUGGUGAAGAAGGCAAUGAAGAAGCUACUCCCGGGGAAGCAGAGCCGAGUGCUGCACCGCGUGCUGAACGCCCGCCAGUUCGCCCUGAAGCUCAUUGCGAACGUGACUUAUGGUUACACAGCUGCCUCUUUUUCUGGCCGCAUGCCAAUGGCUGAGCUGGCGGACAGCAUUGUGCAGGCGGGAAGGACAACCCUGGAGAGAGCAAUAGCUCUGGUGAACAGCCAUCCAGCGUGGAAUGCGAGAGUGGUGUAUGGCGACACUGACAGCAUGUUCGUUCUGUUGGUGGGGCGUACCAGGGAGCAAGCCUUCGCAAUCGGCAACGAGAUCGUGGCAGCGGUAACCGCGCUCUCGCCCGCACCAGUGGCUUUAAAGCUGGAGAAGGUGUACCACCCGUGCGUGCUGCAGACCAAGAAGCGCUACGUGGGGCUCGCGUACGAAUCCCCUUCUGCCACGUGUCCCCCUCUGUUCGACGCCAAGGGCAUCGAGACGGUCAGGAGGGACGGGUGCCCCGCUGUCAGCAAGCUGCUGGAGAAGUCCCUCAAGAUCCUUUUCUACACCAACGAUUUGUCCAAGGUGCGCACAUACCUAGUGCGGCAGUGGCAGCGCAUGCUGCAGGGCCGAAUCUCCCUUCAAGACUUCAUUUUCGCCCAGGAGGUGCGUCUCGGCACGUACAGCAGCAACCCGCGCGCCAUCCUCCCCCCCGCCGCCAUCGUUGCCACCAAAGCCAUGCGCCGAGACCCCCGAGCUGAGCCCAAGUACAAAGAGAGAGUCCCGUAUGUGAUAGUGCAUGGGGAUCCGGGGUCCAGGCUCGUUGACUUGGUGGUGGAUCCGAGGGUACUGGUAGACUCGCCUGCUCUCCGACUGAAUGUUACGUAUUAUGUUACCAGGAAGGUGAUUCCGGCGCUGCAUCGGGUGUUUGCCCUCGUGGGGACACGUGUCGCGUCGUGGUUCGCCGAGCUGCCGCUGUCGUGCCGGCUGGGGCCUUCCAAGCAGCCGCUGCUGACGUGGCAGCGGGAGGGGGAGGGGGGAGCUACCAGGGGGUAUGUGUUGCAGGGGCGGGGGCAGGGGAGGGGGGUUGGUAGGGGAAGGGGGAGAGGAAGGGGUGUGGGAGGGGGGCAAGUGAGGAUCGACCAGUACUACGGGACGAGUCAUUGUGUGGUUUGUGGGGGGAAGGUGAGAGUGGUGAGGGGAGAGGGGGCGAUGGCAGGCAGGGGUGAUGGAGGAGGGAGAGGACGACGGAUCGUAGGGCCUGGAGUUAGUGGAAGGGGAGAGGGGGUAGGAAUAGGAGAAGCCAGGGAGGAGGGAGGAGGAACGGAGCAGGAGCAGCUUGAAGGAGCAGGGGCAGCCACGCGUUUAGAAGGGGCAGGCGAGGCAAAGCAUGCAGAUGGGCAGGGGCACGCAUUGCCAAUCUGCAGGUCGUGUAGAGGAGAUCCAGAUGACUCCAGUGAGAUGGAUGCUGGUGGCAGGGCGGGCGAGGCUGCCGGUGUGGGGCAAGAGAGUCAACCAGGGCAAGCCGGGGAAUUAGGUCAAGUGCCAGCGCUGGUCCUUACGAUGAGAGCCGCUCUUCUGGAGAGGGAAUACCGCCAUCUAUCAGCGGUUUGCCUCCACUGUGGUGCAUUCCCGGCUAUUUCUGAAUCUUCCCAGGAUGGGGGCAAUACGUCCCUGAACUCGGCACCGUCUCAGUUUUUGGAUAGUUCAGAUGUCGCUUGUGUGUCUCUGGAUUGCCCUGUGUUUUUCGAAAGGACGAAGGUUCAAAGAGAGCUCAAAGCAGCCGUGAAUAUUUCAGCGUGUCUUGGUUUGUAUCCAGAGUUGUUUUAAAUAGUCCAUUUCAUUUGGUGGACUUGAUCGGUUGUACAGUAAAAGCAGUCAAUACGC